CGACUCCCACAAACCCACCACUGCCCACUACCACCCCCAACCACAACUAGAGAUCCACGAUCUCGAGUACGACACGAUCCGCCCGAUCGAAUCAAUACCACGUACGAACGCCCAAAAGUACAGCUACAAGUUAGACGAUCGCAAUCAUGUCGGACACAGAGGAAGCUCCCAUCUUCGACCCUUCCAAGCCGAAGAUCAAGACUAGAAAGUCGGUGGCUUUCGAGGAGGGCGAGGACGCUAAUGGCGGGGAAACCACUACGGCUCAGAGUCAUAGCAUAGUCGACGACGCUGAAGCUGACCCCGAGGUCGACGAGCUGACCGAGCAACUCAAGGACCUCAAGAAAAAGAAGAAGAAGAAGGUCCCUGCCGCCGAUGCCAAUGGCGACGAAGCCCCCGCUGGCGAUGGCGAGUUCGACCCUGCGCUCAUGAAGAAGAAGAAGAAGAAGAAGGCGCCCAAGGAGGCCGCUGUCGACUCUUUCGACGCUCAGCUUGCCGAGGCCGGUGUUAUCUCACGUGACGAGGACAACGACGAGGCUGCAGAGGAGGCCAAGCCCGAGGAUAUCGGCGACCUCAUCGCCGGUACCGGUGUCUGGAACUCUGCCAGCACUGUCGACCUUACCUACCCCUUGUUGCUUACCCGCUUCUUCACCCUUCUCAGAAACCAGCACCCCGACCUUGCUGGCGACGGACGCAGAAACUACAAGAUUCCUCCGCCACAGGUCCUUCGCGAGGGUAACAAGAAGACGAUCUUCGCCAACAUUUCCGACAUCUGCAAGCGCAUGAAGCGUCAGGACGAGCACGUCACCCAGUUCCUGUUUGCCGAGUUGGGAACCGGCGGCAGUGUCGACGGUAGCAAGCGCUUAGUCAUUCGUGGAAAGUUCCAGCAGAAGCAGUUGGAGAACGUCUUGAGGCGGUAUAUCCUGGAGUACGUUACAUGCAGGACUUGUAAAUCUCCCGACACCGACCUUAAGAAAGGAGAGAACCGUCUUUUCUUCGUCACUUGCAACAGCUGCGGUUCCAGACGUUCCGUCGCCACCAUCAAGACUGGUUUCCAGGCUACCAUCGGCAAGAGGAGGAGGCAGAAGGUUUAAGCGCCUUGUGUGGUUGGUUGGGACUGCUCGCCUUGGCAUCACGGGGUUCUUUCUUUCUUUCGUGUCGCUCUUUUGAUUUAGACAAUACGAAUCGUUCAAGCCA